CUUGUUACAAAACUGAAGGGCACACACUUCAUCACUUCUGGUAUCUGACAUCAUCGCACCGUCUCCCCCACCUCCUCCUUCUGUGUCACCCUCUCCUCCCCCUCUACUUUCAAUUCCUUCAUCUUCUUCCCCACACUGCCAAGGCCAAGCAUGCUCCCCAUUCCUCUUUCCUCUGCACCAGACGUUUUGGGUACUCAUCCUGUCCUUUGCACGCCGGGGGCUCUGUGUUCCUCCCAUGGCAUACCCUGUCUGCAGUAAUCUUGCGCCACAUCGCCUUCUCUGUAAACCAGAGAUCUGUCAUGGCAUGUUUCUUGUUGCUAAGGGCUAUGAAGCACACAGAAGUCCUUGCACCAGUCCACGGGAAAAGCAUCAUGGAGGUCUGCAUAUUCUUCCUUUAUGCUAUGAUACUUCUCCCAGGUAUUGCUGCCAGUGUGCAUCAGGUGAAGUCAUUUCUCAAUCACACUGCAUACCUAUCCUGCUAUUUUCCAAACUCUCAGAAAACUGACAUAAAGGAUUUAAGAGUUUUUUGGCAAAAAGGUGCUGUUGAAGUGGUGCACGAAGUAUACUACGGCCAAGAAAUACAUGACAACCUUAGUCCUAAAUAUAUAAAUCGCACAAAGAUGGAUAUGGACAAAUGGACCUUGCAAUUGUUAAAUGCAGGAAUUGUGGAUGAGGGACAGUAUACAUGUAUUAUACAGCACAGAGAUAAAGGAUCACCAAAGGUCAUACACACAUCUGAGUGCUUACUGCACAUCAUUGCCAACUAUAGUCAACCUGAGAUAGCGUGGCUGCACACUGGGGAACUAAAGCCCAAGGAAUACUUGAAUCUUUCCUGUUCUUCCAGCGGAGGUUAUCCAGAGCCCAAGCACAUGACUUGGCUAGUUUCACAUGAAAACAAAACAGACAGGCUUAUGGGUCCCAUGGAUGUCUCACAGGAUGCUGUAACAAUGCUAUACAAUGUUACAGGCAGGCUGAAUAUCACAGUUCCUACAAACACCCUCACUAACAUUAGCUGCUUGCUUCACCUUGGAGAGCAGCUGGGGAGCCUUCUCUCAGUGCCACUAGGCAUAGAGAUACCGGAGGAAAAAAUGGAGCAAAUGAAGAUAAAUUUCUUUGGCCCACUUAUAGCUGUAAUUAUACUGAUCACACUUCUUCUGGGUUUUGUGAUAUUGAAGAAGAACAGAAACAGUUCAUCUACCAACCAGAGUGUCAGUCUAGCAGUCUAGAAGCUAUCCAGCUUGAAACCAAGGCCAUCAGCCAGACUGCUGACUGGGAACCACCUCUACACAUAGCAAGGCCUGAGGUCCCAUAUUCUUAGAUGCUCAGCCAGAACAAGAAUCCUCCCCAGGUACCCUACAUAACAACAUGCAUGCAACAUUUUGGUCUGAUGGCUGAAAUCCACUGUCCAGUGUUCCCUGCUUUUAUUUUUGCUCCAGAAUGGUAGUAAAUACGGUGCUCUGCCUGUCUGCAUGACUAUCUUUUUGCUGUAUCUUUCAUUACAUACUGUGACAUUGUAAAAUCCUGAGAGUCAAUGAAGAAAGCAGAGCUGUGUGGGUUUACAGAAGGGAAUAUCUCAGAAACAGAAAGAAUUAGGCCACAAUCUGUGAAUCAUAACCUUCACUAGAAACAUGAUCGGAGGCAGGCAAUUAAUCAUGAGCCAUAAACACUUUUGGCAGAGCCAGUGUGGCUUUGUACUAGUAACUUUAUUAUAAAGCUCCACAGCACAAAGAGGAACUUCAGGGCCCUUCCCCACCUUCUGAGAAAAGCCGUGCAAUUCCUAUCAGGCAUUUGAAACUAGAAAUCACCUGAAGGAAAGACUUGCUUUAAAUAUAAUUUCUGGUUAUCUUUUUUUUUUUACUACCACCCAAGCUUAAUAUGCCCAGACAGUUAGUACCUCCACACUUUGUUCCUGUGUAUUCUGACCGCAUGCUGUACUAGUUGUUCAGGUGGAUGUAGGGAUAGAAAAUGAAAGCAGGAGGUAUCACUCAUAUGUUUAUACAUCUAAAUAUACAAAAUUAAGCUAAGCAGAUAAUGAAAAAACAUUAUAUAAGUAGGUCAUGUUUUAAUUUGGUUGACUACAUACUCCCUUUCUUAAUGUUGCUUCAGACCUUGAAGAUAGAGCAAUACGUAUGCUAUGGUACGCUCAGCUAUAGGUAUUAGUUUUACCUUUCAGAAAAGAUUCUCCAUGUCACUCAACAUGUGCCAGUUCUCCAAUCUUGAAUGAUCUCUGCACUUUAUAUUCUUCAACAGCACUGACAUCUUUCAGGAGGAAGAAUGCAGCAGAAUUGUGACAAAAUUCUGAAGUCUUGAUUGUGUUUGUAGGUCUGUCAUUUUCAGCAAGAGCAGGGACAUUAGCAUCACAUUCUCAAGAUGAAGUUCAGCUCAGAGUUGCAGUUUGGGGACAGAAAUUCUCUAUGGUUUUUGCUGGGGACAAAUACUCUGUUCUGUUAAAUGAUGUUGUGAGUUGCUAGAUUCCACCUCAAUCUUUACUCCAUUUUCAAGCGUGUGAGAGAAUGUGCUUGUCCUUUUGAGUUAGCUAAACCAUUUGGGAGUCAAUUUAUUAAGCUAUUACACUAACAUUCCAAAUAUUUUCAUUCAGAUUAAUAUCAUUCAGAUUUUCUUAAAAGUUAAAGGGUUUAUUUUUAUGUAAAUGUUUAU